AUGAGACAAUCACUCUUGGCUGCUGCCUGCCUACUCUCUAUCGCAUCAUCACAGCCAUUGGCCGAGAGAGGUGAAGAUUGUGUUCAAAAUUGCUUCCUCACUGGCAUUGUAGGUGUAGGUGCAACUGCCGCCUGUGGAAAUGGAAAUGAUUACAUUUCACAAGCAAUCUGUUAUUGUCAGACACCAGGUUUAGGAGACGCUUACUCGGGCUGUUUGGAGAGAUGCCCUGAAGGUGGUUUCGAGAAAGGACAACAUCUCAGAGAUGAAGUUUGUUCAGCUGCAAAUGGGCAACAAAGCCACGGUGGAGAGCAUGGUCAGGACGGCGAACAAGGUGGUAAGCAAGACCCAGGUCAUCACGUCGCUGGUAUAAUCUACGACAAAGUGCCACAAGCCCAAGGAAAUAUGGGUGAUUACGCUGGCGGUGACUACACUGGAGGCGCUCAAGGGGGAGCCCAAGAAGGUGCGCAAGGAGGUAUCCAAGGGGACACCAAAGAGGGCGCUAAAGGAGGUGUUAAAGAAGGCCAUGAUGGACACAAGGAGCACGAGCAAGGUCAUGCUCAGGAGGGUAUUCAGAGUCAAUCCUCAGCGGCACCUUCUCAAGCAUCAUCAGCUAGCUCCUCGUCGCAGACAUUCUUGACUCCUACACAAACCAAUACCAAGACCCAUAGCAACACCUCCUCUAUGACAUCCUCGGCCUCGCCAACAUCAACCGGAUUCGAGGACGACACAAGCAGCGCUGGUAGCAACUACCAAAUCAGCUGGGUUGUAGUAUUAGCAUCAAGCGCAGCUCUCUACUUCCUCUCUUAA